AUGACGGACUUUAUAGCGGGGUGGAUGGGUGGCGUCUCCGUGCUUCUAGUUGGGCACCCUUUUGACACCAUCAAGGUUUGGCAGCAGAGCCGAAGUGCACUUAGCGUCUCCUCCCUUACCACAGCGCCCAGAGAAAGCAGCUUCGCGGCGGCGAUGGAGUUGUACCACACAAAGGGCGUGCGUGCAUUUUACAAGGGCCUGUGUGCGCCGAUGUGUGCGGUGGGGUUUGCCAACAGCGCCUUGUUUGGGACGUACGGCGUCAUUGUGAAUUUUUUCGCCCGCAAUGAGGCAUCGCAGUUUUACUACAACGAUGAACGCCACUUCGCGGUGUCGUACCCGCAUCGCCACACAAACGAGGGCAAUGUUGCCGGCCAGACGUACCAAAAACAAGACCUUUCAGAGCACUUCCGCACAGGCGGUGGACUCAGCGCCUUUGAAAAUUUUAUGGCCUCCACAGGUGGCGGUGUCGCGCACGCCACCAUCAUGACUCCCUUUGAGCUUGUAAAGAUACGUCUGCAGACGGAGCACUUGUUUCCCCACCGUCAGUAUCUCGGCACCGUGCACUGCGCCCGACGGUUGUACGAGAAUGGAGGAAUCAAAUGUUUUUUUAAAGGUUACAGCGCGACGCUGAUACGGGAUAUUCCUGGGGCGGGUGUAUACCUCUUUAGCUACUCUUCGCUUAUUCAAUUCCUCGGGAGCGAGAAGAACUACAGCGUUCCACACAUCCUCCUUGCCGGGGGCUGUGCAGGAAUGGCGCAGUGGAUUGUGGUUUUCCCGCUUGACACCGUCAAGACGCGAAUACAAGUUGCCAAAAAGGGCGAAGUGCUGGGAUGGACGCGGUGCGCAAGGUGGCUGUACAACACCCAUGGGUUUGCCGGACUUUAUCGAGGAAUGGCACCAGCUCUCGUGCGUGCCUUUGCCGCAAACGGGGCGGCGUUUAUGGGCGUGGAGGCGACACUGCAGUUCUUCCGUACCGCUGGCUUGGAGGGUGUUGACGCAUAA